UCACGUUUUCACUCUGUGUUUGGGCGGCACGAGCCAUGGAGAUUGCUUUGGCACAGGAUAUCAUGGCGCUUUGCCUCAGCCAGACACAGGAGAUGGCCAAACAGGAGCAGAAGCGGCAACAACGCGCGCGACGGCUCAGUGAUUUACUGGCCCUGGUGCUUCGCCGGCCACAGGUGGCCUGUGAACUGGGCCGCUUCGUGGGUCUUUGGGGCGCCAAGUGCUUGGCCGAGAGCUCCAAACACCACGGGGAGCACCUGAGGGGCGCGGGCUUGACGCGGCUUCGAGAGGCAGCCCUGCCGGAGAUUUACCUUUGCGGUGGCCAAUCGCUACGCCAGACGACUCCGGUGCUGGAGCGCUACGUCCAUGCCACUGGGAGACAGGAGGAUCCACCGCGGGGGAGCAUGCGACGGACGACCGCGACCCCUCUGGCGGGUUUGGCUGUAUGCCAGAUGUUUGAAGUAUGGCGAAGUGGCCCUGUGAUAUGGAAGACCAUUGGAAUUCAGUACUGGCAAGGCCGCAAGGGCUUUUUGACACCGAGUCGCGAGAUGUUGCGAUUAUGUUAUACAAGCUGGACUCCUUGGAAUUCCGGUGUGCUGCAUGCCAGGAGAGAGUGGGAAGUGCUGUCCCCCAUGCCUACAGCACGCAGCUUUUGUUGUGCCGCCGGUCUGGGUGGCAAGAUCUAUGUUUUGGGUGGUGAGAAGGACCAGCGGGCAGCCUUUGCCGCGUGCGAAUGCUUUGACCCCCAAACAGGCGACUGGACCCGGCUGCCGCCCAUGCCCACCGCACGUGCCGGCGCUGCCUGCGCCGUGGCGGACCAGAAACUGGUGGUGUGUGGCUUGGAGCGAAACUGGCAAGUGCUGGACGUGGUGGAAGCCUUCGACCCUUCCGUGCGGAAGUGGCGUCGCCUGCCAGCGAUGCCGACGCCCCGCUGCGGCUGUUGCGCCUGCGGAGUGAAGGGACAGAUCCUGGUCAUGGGCGGACAGCUGGCAGAUGGCACCGUGCUGGACAAGGUGGAACUGUUAGACCUGCAGCGUCUCGUCUGGGAUCGUUUGCCCGCCAUGCCCUCGCCCCGCUCGGGCGGCGGCUGCGGCCUCGUCGGACCCGAGCGCAGUGGGCCGGGCGCGGUGGUGUACCUCUUGGGUGGACUGGGCGCCAGCGGUUUGACGGUGCCCGUGGUGGAUCGCUUGGACCUGGAGGAGAAGGUUUGGCGAACACCCUUCACAACCUCCUUGGCUCGUGCGGGAUGUGCGGUGGUGACCGUGGGUCAUGAGAUCCACCUGCUCGGCGGCUUCGACAGCAAUCGACAGGACAGCGACCGACAUGAAGUGCUCAACACGCAAACCGGCGAG